AUGUUAGAAAAUUUUGGCUGUUUGAGGACAGCUGUGUUUAGUGUUACUAAAGAAAUUCUUUUGGAAUUGUGUUAACGUACACAAUACCUCUGGUUAUAUGUGGCUUUUAAAAUUAUUAUUUUAUGCAAGUCAUCUGGCUUAAUAUAAACACAGCCAGGGACUGCUCAGUGAUGUGCCUUGAAAACUGUUAUAUAGUUCACUAAAGGGCUAAUGUCAUUAUAUAGCUCUCUUUUUGUAGGUUAUGGACUCUGAAUCAAAGGGCAGCUUAAUAGGAAGCUUUCUUCAGCCUCCAGCUAAAAUGAUUCCUGCACCCUUUGUUUGUGGAGAACCAAAGAAGUUGGCAGCUGCUGGUGAGAAUGGACCUUCUAUCUGCUAUAACCAAGCUGUGAUGUCAGCUCUGAGAACUCUUCAAGAAAAGAUCCACUGUCUAGAGCUGGAGAGGUCAUGUGCUGAGGAGAAUCUGCACAGCCUUUCCGUAGCAGCUGCUCAGUAUAAGAGGGCCUUAGAGCACAAGUCCUUCAGAAAUGUCACAGCACAUCACAGACUGAUGCAACAGAGGAAAGAUGUAAGCGUGCAGUUAAAUGCCGCACAGUCCAGCUGCUCCCUGCUGGAGAAACAGCUGGAUUACAUGAGGAGAAUGGUUGAGAGAGCAGUACUGGAAAAUAAAAUGAUUUUAGAACAACAGAAAGAGAAAAAUCAGAACCAGAUGUAACUGCAUGUAAAACUUGAAAAACUUGAAGUGCUGGAAAAAGAGUGUCUUAAACUUAGUUCUACUCAGAGAAUUGCAGAGGACAAAAUCAAACACUUAGAAGAAAAACUUUGUAAAGAAGAGCAUCAGUACAAGCUAAUAGAAGACAAAGCUGCUCAGUGUCAGACAGAAUUUGAGAUAAACAAAAUUUUGAUGUCUUCAGAUUCAUCUGAACGAGAACUUAAAAAGAGAAGCAGGAAGAAAAAAAGCCCUAAGAAGAAAAGUCCUAUAAUGAAGGAAAUGCAUUUUCCACAAUUUCAUGUAAAGGCAGGUGUGCUACCUUUUGUGGUUGGUAAGUCUGUCAGCUCCAGCCAUUCUCUUUGUGUGAAUGUACAAAGUGUGUAGCAUGUUAUGAAGCAUCACAAUCCACGUAUCUCAUCACAAAGACAAAUUCAAAAUACAUCUGGAAUUUCAGGACAAACAACUUCAAAAUUUGUAUCCUCAUCAUCUACUGCCACCAGAAAACAUUCUGACCCUCUGUUGGGAAUACAAGAUGAGCUGAGCCAAACGAGCUUUGGCAACCAAUCUCUUCUUCAAAAAAUAAUGGAGAAUCAGGACUCCAAAAUUCAUGAAGAUCUAGAACAGAGGCUGGAUUGCCUUGUAAAUCAAAUGGACAGUAAAGGAGAAGAAAUAUCCAAGUUGAAAAAUCACCAGAAUAGCGUGCAGAAAUUAAAGCGAAAGACUCAGAAACUGAAGAAAGAGGCAGCUCAUGUCAAACCAAGCUAUGGUAACCAAAAGGAAGAAAAGGAGAUUGCAGUGACUGUAAGGGAAAGUAUGUCCAAAUCUUGUGCUGGGCAAAAAAGAAGCAUCUCCCUUCAGCUGCUAAAAAAUGUACAGAAGCUUCAAUCAACACUGAAAAGAGAUGACAUACUGUGGGAACAAUCAUUCUAUAAUUAAAGUUUUUGAAGUUGUCUGACAGCUAGUAAAAUUUGUAUUUCACUAAGUAGCUUUUAAAAACAAAAUAAAUAUAGCAUUUCUCAUUCUAAACUGUUUAAUAACUAGUCCGUCAGUUUGUUCACCUCUAUUAACUUUCAUGUAGCAUAGUUAUAAUUCCAGUACACUGAAUUGUAAUGAAA